GGAGCUCAGCCCGCCAUUUACAAGUUGAUAAGACACUAAGGAUGAUCUCAGAAGUUUUGUUUGAUAAUAGUUUUGCAGAUCGUUUGCUCUCUGUAGAUGAGUUCCAUUGUGGAGUAAUGAUAGGCGGAGUGAGUUCGUUUUAUUUAUUCCUCAUUUAGUAGCGGUUCGGUUCCCAGGAGUGCUUGUUCUUACCCAUUGACAUUCCAAAAGAUGACACUUCAGACGACCCACCCCAUCGAUCUGUUUCGCCUCGUAUGAUUGAGGAUUUAAGCGAAAAAUGGAUUGCGUCAUAUUGUAGAAAUCUUGCGCGGAUGAUUCCAGGGGGUGUUCAUAUAAGUGGGAUUUGUCUGACUGUCCCUUAUGGCGAAUUCAACAGUCAUACUAAUCACAUUCAGAAAGUAAUGAGCUCUUAACUAACUGUCAGAUCCUCUCUCAUAUAUCGCGGGAUGACACAUCCAUGAACAGGUUUAUUUGUUCAAAAAGUACAGAAAAAUUAGUGUUGGUGGCUGACCCCAAAACAAAAAAAUUUCAAUGCAAAGCUUCUGCUGCAGAUGGAUCUAAUGUAUGUUUUAUAUGAUAUUAUUCUAUUCAUUAGAGUCAAUUUCGAACAGUGGAAGUAAAGAUUCGCCCAUUCAUUGAUCGGUGGGUAUCAUUCAAAACACAUAUACUACUGUCUUUGGAGACUCACUUACCAUCUGAUCGGAAAAAAGAGAAAAUCUUGUAUCAGCUUCAGGUAUUCAUAAUUAUUUUUAACCUAGGUAUGCUCAAGUGUGUAGUUGGACUUCUGAUUAAGGUUUACUACUGUUAUACCCUCAUUCACUCUUUCAUAUAUUUAACUUUUAAGUAUAUGUAUAUCCGAUGAACUUAAUAUUGGUUUACAUUUGUCACCACAGCAUUAUUGUGUAGUCUACAAGUUUGCUCCAUAAACGGUAAGACAAGUGGCUGGUUUUGAAACAUAACACAGUGUGUAACGUCAUCUAUAGCAACUUUUUAAAAAUCAAAAACCAAGGAGAAACCGUCGAUUGUUUUCAUCACAUAGUGGUUCAAGAAUAUCGAUGGCCGUGAAUGGGGUAGAUAAGUAAACAUCCAUGUCUUCCAUGAUUUGUAUUAGGCCACUGCCACUGCGUCUAGCGUGGUGUGCGAAGUAUGUUAAGAAGCAGUUCAACUAGUCUAUAUCUUAUUUUCAACUACAUUGUCUUCGCCAGCAGUCAGAAAUAAAGGUCAUCACCAAGCUUCCAAUCAUUGUUGAGUUUUUAAUCAAUCUCAAGUGAAAAUUAGUUGGGUUGCGAUAAAUUAGCUCCAAGGUGUUUAGUGGUAAUUACUAACCAUCCUUAGUCAUGUGCCAGAUUUCGCGUUGCAUGUAACUGACUAAUUGUUAGUUGACCUUUUGAAUAAGCUAGAAUUUUGGAAUUCGACUUGAGCGUAACUGAUUUAGAUUGUCAAUCAUCUCAGCUUAUGACAAAAUGUCCUAUAAAAAUAGAAGAACCAAGCUGAUUAGUGUAAGUUUCGAGAUCUUGUCUUCCGUAGUUAUUGAACCUAGGAAAACUAUUCCGACUUUAGUUCUAACCGUUAGUUUUCUGAUAGUACCCUUAUCAUCGGAUUCUAUAUUAAUGUCUUAUUUAUCCAUCUCCAACUGUCAUUCUAGCCAUUCAUCUAAAGGCGGUCUCAUAGUAAACAUCGCUAUUAAAGUGCACCAAACAAGACCAUUUCCGUGCUGAGUAUCGUAUCCAUACAUUCAUACAAAGCUUACUCUUUUCACUAAUCACAUAAUUGUUUGUCUGUUUCCCACUUUUUAUUUUAUGAUAUCCUCCGAUCAACACCGGUCAAGUUCCCAGUAAUCAGUCUCUUACUCUGAUUUAUUGAGUGUUUCGUAGAUGUUGAUCGUAUUGAAUGGUUGGCGAUAGGUUAAGGUAGCGUAAUAACAGAUUCAAUUGUGUAAAUAGAGCGGUGUUUUAUUUUCUCGUGAGUCUAGAACCUUUAACUCCUUGCGUCUAAUUAGUUCUGCCGUAUAUUCGUUCUAGUUCUCCACUACUUCAGUUGCCAUUGCUUUUGGUCAUUCACUUUUUCUUCUGUUACGAUUAUGAGAUCGAGAAGUCAAACUGACGUAUACUUGUACCAGUUUCUAUUCUGUUAACGUCUGUUUAACUAGGAGAGCAAAGUCCCUCUACUAUAUUUUCUGUAAUGGAUAUGCACCUCAGCAAAGUGCGAAUGUGUGAUAAGUAGACUGUAUUAUUGUUGUUGUAAAUGUGAACCUGUUAUAACUCUGUUUUCUUACGGUUAUGACCCAGCUAUUCCUAUUGCUUAGUAUUUCUUGGACACCGAUUCACUCGACAAGACCCCAAAUCAGAACACGGUUGAACAGGAAAGAGAUUAUAUUCUAAAUAACGAGGUUAGAUGGAGGCAAGAUGCAAGUCAGAAGCACAAUAGGGAAAACGUCAGUAUAUUUAUAGUUUUUACAUAAGAAGAUUCCAGAGUAUUCUCCAACUAUCGACUAGUGCUGAUUGGAUAAGAAUUAGCCAAUCAGCGUGCACCAAAGCAUUCAUGCAUUGAGCAUGCUUUAAUCUAGUCUAUGUCCCGCUAACAGAACCAUUUACGGUAAAUUCAAAAGUGCGUAAUAUACUUGUUUGUUCACUUUUGUUGACAGAUUUCUGUAAAUAAAAGUGCUUGUUAAUUCAUUCAGGAAGUGUAAAAUUACUAGUAAUACUAGUAUUUUCGUACUUUUUAAAUGUAUAAUGUAUAUAAAGCAAGUACAAUCAAAGUAACCUGCCAUUUCACCAUCUCUUUCAAGUGGUCAAAAUUUCCGUUAAAUUUUCAGGCUGCUGUCGAACCUUACCUUCAAUCCUUGGUUACGGAAACACAGUUGCUCAUCAAUGGAGAAUUACAUCAAGCUGAUGAAAAAUUACUAAAAGAUAUAGAUUUUUCUGUACCCCUUGAUGCUGACAUCCAAACCAAAAAGAACAAAAAAUCAUCCAAGUCAAAGCGUUAUGAUUUGCCUCUUAAUGUAGAUCACUCCUUAGUUACUUCGGCGGGGAGUAAGAAAUAUGCAAUUGCCAAGGGGUCCGUUAGUCCAGCCUUCACCCCACUUGAUAUAGUAAUUUUCGGACCACAGUUUCCUCAAUGGCAGCGUGCAAGUUCGUCAUCGUCACUUGAAUCUGGUGCUAGUUCGGAUACAAAUAUGAAUAAUGGAAAUGAUACUAAUGAUUCUUCAGGUAGUUUCGUUCCUAUUAAUCGCUUGUUAAUCAAUGGACGAAUUCCUGGAAUUGCGUUUUUACCAGCUAAUUCAAGUGUUGGAGACUUACUCGAGGCAUUACGGAAUGAUCUUGUACGGAGUAUACUAGCACGACUACAACUUUUAACAGAAGAGUUACACAUUACCAGUGCUGAACUGGAAGUUCCUCGUAUGUUGCUACCUCAACGGGUAUUAGUUCGACUUCCUGCUUGUCCUACACUACCACUGUCCGAUUAUAAAUUUUUGUCAGAAACUGCUGAAGAUGUUGUAAAUCGUUUGGUUUACUUCUGUUUACCUCUUGGAACUACUCCCACUAUUCCCACAGGGGAGGGGAUUACCUCCGAUACCACUGGUCUAAGAAAUUCUAUUUCUGAAAUUGAGGUGUUGUCCUCACAUGAUCGUAUAGAUGCAUCGUGCCUGGAUACUACUUUGGAAAAAAGUCCUGAACUUAGUGCUGAUGAUGAAUUUUCUGAGUCUGAAUUGAUAGAUGAAGUGGUUGAAUCUGUUCCUGUUUCUAGUCCAUUCACACUGUACAAUCCUAUCAUACUGGUUAUCAGCAUAAUUGUUUUGAUUAUAGCUAUUCUAUUAGCGUAUUACUUCGUUACACAAUCAUACCAAUCAAAAGAUUUCAUACCUCCACCAUUGCCGAAGGAAAUGUGAUCGUCAACCAAACCACAUUAUUACUAAUAUUAUUAUUUUAUUCUACAAAUAUAAACAAAAUUAUCAUCCAUUUUCCAAUAAUUUACUCUAUAUCUAAUAACAUGUGUAACUUCGUUUAUUUUGAUAUGUCCAACAAUCCAACCCAUCAUUUCUGUAUUUAUUUCUAAUUAUUAUUCAAUUAUUUGUGUAUUUGAUAAAGAGUUGAACAGACGGAAUUCUCCAAAAUUAUUUUUCUCUUUCGCUUUUCAUAUGUCACACACACACGAAUAAGUCAAAAUGCUCACAAGUUUAUUUUGUUCAAUAUGUGCUGUGAGCUUAACUGGUUUCCUGAUUGUUAUUAAUUUUUAUUUUGUAAAUUUUUUUUACCCCUCUCCUCUUUUUAAAAGUAGAAGUUGGGCAUAAUGACAAAAAUGCAGUGUGUUGUAAAAGGUAAAUUUAUUGUCCGGUCUGUGUGUAAAAAACUACACUGGUGAUUUUUUCUCAAAUAAUAUAUACAAAUGAGUAUACUUCAUAUUUUCUUAGCAUGACUGUGUGUGUGUGCGUGUACCUGUGUACGUACGUAGAUAAAAAAUCGCGUCACUUCUGUUUUUAUUGGGAUUGGCUUAGCACAGCUACAUGGAUUACUAUUUGGUUUACCUUGAUUCAUAUUCAUAUUUUCCACUUUACUAGGCAAAUUUCUCAACUGAAAGUCGUCUAUAAAUACAUACACACAAACUUACACAUCCUUAACUAAAUAUUGUGUCAUUUUCUUGUACAAAAUAAAAUUCUUUGUGUUUGCUUGGUUAACAAACAAAAUCUUUGGACAAAAAAGAGUGUACGAUUUUUCUGUUUAAUUGUUAAUAUCAUUGUUAUUAUCAGUUUUAAAGUUGUUUAUUUACAUUAUUUUCGAGUGAUAAACUGAUCCUAUUUAAUCUACUGGCUUUUUAUUUUCAAUAUGAAUUAUAUUUGAAUUGUUUGUUUAUAAAUAUGUGCGUGUGUACGCACCAUAGACUAUUGAGUAGUUGUUACAUGUUAUUUUUUUUGGAAGAUAGAUACUCGUUUCACUGUUUAGUGUUUUGCGCAAGAUAAUAGAUGAAGGAGAUAGAUCCAAAGGAAAACAAUGAAAUAAAAAUAUUUCAUUUGU